GGGCGGCUGCUGCUGCUGCUGGGACGAGGGGGGCGGGAGCGGCCCGGCCCGGCUCGGCUCACGCGGGUUCUCUCCUUCCGCAGCCGCGUGUGCUCCAACCGUCACGGGCUGAUCCGCAAGUACGGCCUCAACAUGUGCCGGCAGUGCUUCCGCCAGUACGCCAAGGACAUCGGCUUCAUUAAGUUGGAUUAAAUUCCUGUCUACAGAAGUGGCUUGAGGAGACUGGCAAGCUGGAAUAUGUGGCUGGAUGAGCUGUUCUUGCUAUCCUUACCAUUGUGUACAUUAAAAAAAGGGGGGGGUUAUCCACUCUGACUCUCAAAUUUUGUAAUUUCUAUUUGUUAAUGCUGACAUUGUAAUUAUAUUUAUACGAUGGUCAUAUUUAACACUGCUUGAUCUCUGAAGUCCGUCUGGUUUCCUUUGAUUCUUUAAUAAAAAGCAGUUGUCCUCAAAUGAAUUUGAGAAGAAACCAC